AAACUACUCAGAGGCCAAAGAAGAUCCUAAAAACAAUAAAAACUCCAACAAUACUGAAGUAUGUCAUGACCAAGAACUAUAUGACCUACAAAAAAAAGAUUAUGACAAGAAGAUGGCAAGAACCAUAAUAACGAUAAUA